AUGCCUCCACGAAGAGCUGUACGACGAAGAGCGAAUAGGGCUCAGGCAUUAGAAAACCCGAACCCAGAAAAUGCCAACAUGGAUGCAGCUACGCUGUUGGGAAUUAAUCAGGCACAAGCUGAAGAGAUUGCUCGUCUUCGACAAGAACUUAAUCGGGCAUCGGAUGUUGGGAGGCCCCCAGCCCAGCAAAUUGUGGAAGUGAGGCCACAACAACUCGUUCAUCAAGAUCUGAUAUACGAAUAUUUUCGGAAGCUGCACCCUCCACCUUUCGAGGGAGGCGUGGAUCUGAUGGAAGCUGAAGAAUGGAUGAGCUCUAUGGAAUCUAUUUUCGAACUGAUGCAGUUGGAAGAUCAAGCUAAAGUAUCCCGUGCUACAUAUAUGCUGAAGAAGGAUGCCCGCAUCUGGUGGGAAAACACGAAGUUUAUCCAUGAUGUCAGAGCCAUGACAUGGGCGGGGUUCGUACAAGUUUUCAAUGAACAAUUUUAUAAUGAGACUAUUAGAGCUUCUAAGGUGGAUGAAUUUGUGAACCUGAUCCAGGGAAAUACUAUUGUAGCCCUGUAUGCGCAACAGUUCAAUAGGCUGGCUAAGUUUGCUGGAAAUUUAGUGGCCAACGAGGAAGCUAAGGUCGACAAGUUCAUGAGAGGGCUCAAGCCAAUGAUUGCCCGAGAUGUAGAAAUGGCUAGUACGGAGAGGAUCACCUUUGCACAGGCAUUGAAACGAGCACUGAAAUCAGAAAGAAUGGAGGACAGGAUUUGGAAAGAAAGUGCAGCGAGAAGGGAAGCUGGCAAACCUAAUCAUCAGAGUAAUGACCACAAAAGGAAGACCCCUGAAGGUUCUGGAAGUAACAAUCAACCUGAGAAAAGAGCCAAGUCUGGAUUUCAGAAUCGACCAGCUCAGUUGGGACCAAGGAAAGAGAGUUCGCAUUGUAAUAAGUGCAACAAAAAACAUCCUGGGGAGUGCAGAGCUCACACCAGGAGUUGCUACAACUGUGGACAAGAGGGCCACUACAAGAAGGAUUGUCCCAAAGGCAGGUCAGUCAAGGAAGCUGAGGCUAAACAGGAGGACAAGUUUGUACUGGCACGAGUCUUUGCGCUGACGCAGAAGGAAGCUGAAGCCAGUACCUCGGUUGUCACAGGUCAGAUUCCUAUAGCCAAUCUCUUAUGCAAUGUGUUAGUUGAUUCGGGUGCUAGCCAUUCUUUUAUAUCAACGUGCAUGAUAGAGAAAAUAGGAAGACCUAGAGAGGUUUUUUUCGAUAGGCUUUAG